CGAGAGCGGUAGCGUGCGGGAGGCUGUCUAAAUCUCAGCUCCUUUGGACUACACCUAGCUCUUUUUCUUCCUGUGAAGCGCAGUAUUUCGAGUACCCUUUCCCGGCACGAAUGUGUAGAUCGUUCCGUCCAAGGACUGCUGUUUGUCGCCGUCUUUAAUUUUUUUUUAUAUAUCUCCGGAGUCUCCGCUGCAUCUGGGCUUUUCCUCCGCUCGCCUAUGGAGCAGGAGAGAGAGCUGGAGGACUUCUGAGUUUCCAGUUGUUGUUCUUUUGGACGCUAUGUAACCUGCGGAUUUACGGGAAUGCAGUGAUGUGUAUGAAACACAUGUAGCAAGGACGUCUUCACCUCAAACACAUUUGGAGGGUCUUGCCACAGGCUUGAAGGACCACCGGGAAGAGUUGUCGUAAAUGGAUCGUCAUUCCAGCUUGGUUUCGCUUUGGUUUCAGCUGGAGCUGUGUGCUAUGGCCGUUCUCCUAACCAAAGGAGAGAUCAGGUGCUAUUGCGAUGCGCCGCACUGCGUUGCCACAGGAUACAUGUGCAAGUCGGAGCUUAAUGCUUGUUUCACCAAGCUGCUGGACCCACUUAAUUCAAACUCCCCGUUAACACACGGGUGUCUAGACCCGCUAUUAAACUCGGUGGAUGUGUGCACCAAGAAGAACAUGGAUGUUUUAAAUGGAGGCUCAUCUCCCAUUGAGUGCUGUCAUGAUGAUAUGUGCAACUACCGGGGACUACAUGACAUUGCGCACACUCGGAGUGACUCUACAGACCGAUACCAGUCAGACAGCUCCAACCAGAACUUGAUCACACGGGUUCAGGAGUUAGCCUCGGCGAAAGAGGUUUGGUUCCGGGCAGCAGUGAUUGCUGUGCCCAUCGCUGGAGGCCUCAUCCUGGUGCUGCUGAUCAUGCUGGCGCUCCGGAUGCUGCGCAGCGAAAACAAGCGGCUUCGGGCCCAGAGGCAGCAGAUGCUCUCCCGUCUGCACUACAGCUUCCACGGGCACCACCACGCCAAAAAAGGACACGUGGCCAAGCUGGACUUGGAAUGCAUGGUCCCCGUGACAGGACACGAGAACUGUUGCUUGGGCUGCGAUAAGAUGCGGCAGGCCGAGCUGAGUCUGGCAGGGGGCAGCGGAGGGGGUGAGCGCUUUCUCUCGCUCGUGCACUGGGGGAUGUACACGGGCCACGGCAAACUGGAAUUUGUAUGACUACUUCUUGGUGCCUCCAAUGUUGCAAUUGGACUCUAAGAAGGAGGCUGAGGACACUGUUUAUGCUUGAACUGCAUAGCGUUUGUUGUACUGUUAUUAUUGUUAUUAUUAUUAUUAUUUGCAUUUGUAAUUUUAUUGUUUUCUUCCCCUUGUACAUGGAGCGAGACAUUGAAAGGACACACGUCUUGUUUAUGUUUUUCCCCUCGAUGGAGCACUUUACUUGAAUUAGAACUUGAGAGGGCGGAGUCGCUGAGAAUUAAGCCCCGUCCUUCUACAAGCCGCAUCCUGUGGAUCCUGGACUGACACUGAAGACUGAAGGAUUCAUAAUGUCCGUCUUAUUUGCACAAUUGUAUAAAAAAGAUGAGAUGAAAAUACUUUUUUGUGUGUUUAAAAAAAAAAAACAAGCUGAUUUAGAAGAAUUUCACUGACACCAGGGUACAAAUUUGGACGUUUUUUAUUUCAGUCAUCUUCUAUAAAUAAAGGUCUCAGUGUUGACUGUAAAAGUUUAAA